ACAAUGCUCUGGGGCGUGCCGCCGCCGUCGCUGCCGCCUCCGCUACCGCUAGUGGAAGAAGAUGGCGGAAGGCGGAGCGGCAGAUCUGGACAUCCAGCGGUCUGACAUCGCGACGCUGCUCAAAACCUCGCUCCGGAAAGGGGACACCUGGUACCUCGUGGAUAGUCGCUGGUUCAAACAGUGGAAAAAGUAUGUUGGCUUUGACAGUUGGGACAAAUACCAGAUGGGAGAUCAAAACGUUUAUCCUGGACCCAUCGAUAACUCUGGGCUUCUUAGAGAUGGCGAUGCCCAGUCACUUAAGGAGCACCUUAUUGAUGAAUUGGAUUACAUACUGUUGCCGACUGAGGGCUGGAAUAAACUUGUCAGCUGGUACACAUUGAUGGAAGGUCAGGAACCAAUAGCACGAAAGGUGGUUGAACAGGGUAUGUUUGUAAAGCACUGCAAAGUAGAAGUAUAUCUCACAGAAUUGAAGCUCUGUGAAAAUGGAAACAUGAACAAUGUUGUAACACGGAGAUUUAGCAAAGCUGACACAAUAGAUACAAUUGAAAAGGAAAUAAGAAAAAUCUUCAAUAUUCCAGAUGAAAAGGAGACCAGAUUGUGGAACAAAUACAUGAGUAAUACAUUUGAACCACUGAAUAAACCAGACAGCACCAUUCAGGAUGCUGGUUUAUACCAAGGACAGGUGUUAGUGAUAGAACAGAAAAAUGAAGAUGGAACAUGGCCAAGGGGUCCGUCUACUCCUAAGUCCCCAGGUGCAUCCAAUUUUUCAACUUUACCAAAGAUCUCUCCUUCAUCUCUAUCAAAUAAUUAUAACAACAUCAACAACAGAAAUGUGAAAAACUCAAAUUAUUGUCUCCCAUCAUAUACUGCUUAUAAGAACUAUGAUUAUUCAGAACCUGGAAGAAACAAUGAACAACCAGGCCUCUGUGGCCUAAGUAAUUUGGGAAAUACGUGUUUCAUGAACUCAGCUUUUCAGUGUUUGAGCAAUACACCUCCACUUACUGAAUAUUUCCUGAAUGAUAAGUAUCAAGACGAACUGAAUUUUGACAAUCCCUUAGGAAUGAGAGGUGAAAUAGCUAAAUCUUAUGCUGAAUUGAUCAAGCAAAUGUGGUCUGGAAAGUUCAGCUAUGUCACACCAAGAGCCUUUAAGACACAAGUAGGACGUUUUGCACCUCAGUUCUCUGGAUACCAGCAGCAGGACUGUCAAGAACUAUUAGCUUUCCUAUUAGAUGGACUACAUGAGGAUUUGAAUAGAAUUAGGAAAAAACCAUAUAUACAAUUAAAAGAUGCUGAUGGAAGACCAGAUAAGGUAGUUGCUGAAGAAGCCUGGGAAAACCAUUUAAAAAGAAAUGAUUCUAUCAUAGUAGAUAUAUUUCAUGGCCUUUUUAAAUCAACUUUAGUAUGUCCGGAAUGUGCUAAGAUUUCAGUAACAUUUGAUCCUUUCUGUUACUUGACACUUCCAUUGCCCAUGAAGAAGGAACGUACCUUGGAAGUUUAUUUAGUUAGAAUGGAUCCACUUACCAAACCUAUGCAGUAUAAAGUGGUUGUCCCUAAAAUUGGAAACAUACUUGAUCUUUGUACAGCAUUGUCUCUUUUGUCAGGAGUACCUGCAGAUAAGAUGAUAGUUACUGAUAUAUACAAUCAUAGAUUUCACAGAAUAUUUGCAAUGGAUGAAAAUCUUAGUAGUAUUAUGGAACGUGAUGAUAUUUAUGUGUUUGAGAUUAACAUAAAUAGGACAGAAGAUACAGAGCAUGUGAUUAUUCCUGUUUGCCUGAGAGAAAAAUUUAGACACUCAAGUUACACCCACCAUACUGGUUCUUCACUUUUUGGGCAGCCUUUUCUUAUGGCUGUUCCACGGAACAAUACUGAAGAUAAACUCUAUAAUCUUUUGCUUGUGAGAAUGUGCCGAUACGUCAAAAUAUCUACUGACACCGAAGACACUGAAGGAUCCCUACACUGCUGUAAGGACCAAAAUAUUAAUGGGAAUGGCCCAAAUGGCAUCCAUGAAGAAGGCUCACCAAGUGAAAUGGAAACAGAUGAGCCAGAUGAUGAAUCCAGUCAGGAUCAAGAACUGCCCUCUGAGAAUGAGAACAGUCAGUCUGAAGAUUCAGUUGGAGGAGAUAACGAUUCUGAAAAUGGAUUAUGUACUGAAGAGACUUGCAGAGGUCAACUCACGGGACACAAAAAGCGAUUGUUUACAUUCCAGUUCAACAACUUAGGCAAUACUGAUAUCAACUACAUCAAAGAUGAUACCAGGCAUAUAAGAUUUGAUGAUAGGCAGCUUAGGUUAGAUGAAAGGUCUUUCCUUGCUUUGGAUUGGGAUCCUGAUUUGAAAAAAAGAUAUUUUGAUGAAAAUGCUGCUGAGGAUUUUGAAAAACAUGAAAGUGUGGAAUACAAACCUCCUAAAAAACCCUUUGUGAAAUUAAAAGAUUGCAUUGAGCUUUUUACAACAAAAGAAAAGCUAGGUGCUGAAGAUCCUUGGUAUUGUCCCAAUUGUAAAGAACAUCAGCAAGCCACAAAGAAAUUGGAUUUAUGGUCUCUGCCUCCAGUACUUGUGGUGCAUCUCAAGCGAUUUUCUUAUAGUCGAUACAUGAGAGACAAGUUGGAUACUUUAGUUGAUUUUCCUAUCAAUGAUUUGGAUAUGUCAGAAUUCCUAAUUAAUCCAAAUGCAGGUCCUUGCCGCUAUAAUUUGAUUGCUGUUUCCAACCACUAUGGAGGAAUGGGAGGAGGACACUAUACUGCUUUUGCAAAAAAUAAAGAUGAUGGAAAAUGGUACUACUUUGAUGACAGUAGUGUCUCAACUGCAUCUGAAGACCAGAUUGUGUCCAAAGCAGCAUAUGUACUCUUCUACCAGAGACAAGACACUUUCAGUGGAACUGGCUUUUUCCCCCUUGACAGAGAAACUAAAGGUGCUUCAGCUGCCACAGGCAUCCCAUUAGAAAGUGAUGAAGAUAGCAAUGAUAAUGACAAUGAUAUAGAAAACGAGAACUGUAUGCACACUAACUAAUGAAAGUCCUAGAAGCCAUAAAAGAGAGACUUUCCUGCUGGUGGUAUCUGUUGAAAUGAUGAAGUUACCCACCACAUUAAACAAAAGUCUGAGAUGGGGAGUUUCAGAUCACUGAAUGUAAAUCCUUUAUCAGAUUUUAACUUGUGCAGUACUUGAAGUGAAACACAAUGAAAACUUUAACAGAAAUUGUCUCUUAAUACAUUUACAGUCUUGUAUUUACAAGCUAAAUAUAUAUAGGAAAUCACAAUAAAUCCCUUUUAAGUUUGCUGCUGUUUUGAUGAAUUAUGUUUCUUUAAUUUUUUGGAUGUGAGUUAAUUGAUGACAAAUGUUAAAUUUGUGGAUGUUGGUCAUUUAUUUUGCUCAGAUAAUAACUGCAAGAAAUCUAUGGCUGAACUUAGUUCUUGGAUAAUCUAGUUCAUGUGCAUUAGGCUGCCACAUAUACUACUGUGAUAAUGAGCUGCAGUGUCAAUGUGGCAUAAAUACUGCAGUAGUAUUCUUGGAAAACCAAAUUUUCAAAUCUUUACCUGGUAAUCAGUGUGGGCCUGUUAAAACUAAAUCAUGAUACAAGAAGCAGUCUUGAAAAAGUUAUUUCCUUUUGUAGUAUCAUAAAAAAACAGAAUAUUAUGUUCAUCUUACUACUACUCUAGAAACAGGUUCUAGAUUUCACACUUCAUCGAAAGUCACUUUUCAGUUAAAUGUAAGUAUUUUUCACUGCUGUUGGGAUCUAUUCCUUAGAUAUUCAAAUUCUUUUUGACUUACUUUAAAUUUAAAAUGCGUAUCUUUAAAUCUGAUGUUGGUCCAAAAUUAAAAUUUUGGCUGUCUGUUUUUCUCUACCCCAUUUUUUGGUAAUUUGGCAACUUUUAGCUCUCCUAUUGUAAUAUAAGGACAAAUUUAAUAGUAUUCUGUAUCCAUAGUAAUGAUUGCAUCAAGCUUAGAUGAGAAAUUUUUUUCUGGCCUUUAAAUUACUAAUGGACAAUUGGCUUUAAAGGUAGGUCUGUUAACUUUCUUUGUAUGUUCCUGAUGGAAUUCACCAUAGCCUUACAGCUUUUCUCAGAAGGGAACUUGUUACAAGAGAAUUGGCAUUGCAUGUUCCAGAGUCAGAACCUGUACAGUAUAUAAAACAUACAGACCUUGAAUUUGAUUUUAGUUCACCACAUUCAAGGAUCCAGGAUGCCAAAAAUAUGUGUGAACAUUUGAAACAUUUUUCAUUUGCUGCUUUUUCCCCUUUGAUCUAGUUGAAAGAAUGUAUUGUCAAUUGGCAUACAAUACUGCCUUUAAUAGAAAAUAAAUGCUGGGGCACGUUUCACAUAUCGACUACCUGAGAAAUUGCUAUGUGUCCCACUAUUAUUAAAGCAAAAAGUAUAAUGUUCUUCACUUGAACUAAUCAAAUACAAUAGAUUAUAAAUUGUGUAUUGUAAAUAAAAGUUCACUCUGUGAGUGCACAUUUUGGUAAAUUAUUUAUUUAUGUUAGCAUUUAAACGUGAAAGAAAAAAUGCAUUUAACCAGGAUAAAUGAGGUAUGUUGAUCAUGGCUUUGCUUUAUACCUUAAUAUUAAAGCUGGUUUUUCAUCCUGGUAUUUUUAAAGCUGUUUUGGGUUUUUCCUUUUUAUCCUUUCCUUUUCUUUUUCUUUCUUUCUUUCUUUUUUUUUUUUUUUAAUGUAAACUAACCUCCUGCAUGACAGAGGUUAAAAUUUUGUCUGCACUUGAGUUCACUUGAGUUUACAUUUGAAAUGUGCAUGUUUAUUUAUACAGAUUUCAAUAAAGCUAUUCAAGGCCUUA